AUGGUGGUGGCUGGGGUUCCAGAAGCUAUUCCGAAUUCGUUGUUCCUGGCUGUCAUUGAGGCGAAUGACGACACGGUUUUCCUCGAGGCUAUCGACGCCCCCAAGCUUCUCCAGGUGCUCCCGAAGAUGGGUUGCACUGGCCGGAUAUCGCUCGACGUGGCCAGAGAUCAUUUGUCCGUCGUAGAACAUCUUGGACGGCAGGAGAUGCAAAUUAGCGUAGCCGCGCUUGUUGAUGAGAAGUCGGGCGUUGAUGGCGUUUGCUGCCUCUGCCCGGGCCAUCGUACUGAUGGAUAG